AUGGAGGAAGAUGGCAACCCCCGCCCUCCGCCAUUUUGGCUUCAGUCCUCCAACUCCUCUCUAAACCAACUUCACCACAGUCGCCGCCGUCGUCUCAGCCGUGCAUCCUCUUUCCUUCUUAACUCCAGCGCCUUUCUCAUUGUUUUGUUAGUAAUAGUUCUCUGUUUCAUCUUGAUUGUCAUUCCAAAAUUUGUACAGUUCACUUCUCAAUUGAUUCGGCCUCAGUCGGUCAAGAAGAGCUGGGACUCGCUCAAUUUGCUUCUGGUUCUCUUCGCCAUUGUUUGUGGAUUUCUAGGUAGAAACGCUGGGGGGGAUGAUAGUAGAGGUUCUUUUGAAGAUCGGAGCGUUUCUUCGAGACGAUCAAUGAAGUCAAACCCUACGGCUCCGCGUCGAUGGGAUGAUGGAUAUACCGAUCAUCGGCCGAAUCAUUUCACUCUUAAUCGGAUGAGGAGUAGUAGUUCGUAUCCGGAUCUACGUUUGCAGGAAUCUUCAUUUGAUGCUGGUGAUCACCGCUGGCGAUUUUACGACGAUACUCAUGUGACUAAUCAUCGGUAUUUGUCUUCCGAUCAGCUUCAUCGACGUCGUGAAACUCAGCCCGAGCUUGAACAGCGAGAUUCUGAAGCCAAAAGUAUUGUUUUCGAUAGAUCUGAGAUUCGUGAAGAUGUAUAUUCACAACCGUUAAUACCUUCUCCGCCACGGUCGCCGCCGCAGCAGGUUUCUCCUCCGCGUCCUCCAUCACCACCUCCAACCCCUCCGCCGCCCGCUAAUACCAUUCCUAAAAUGGUCAAACGAAGGCCAAAGAGAACUCAUAAGGUCCACAGCCAUACACCUGAUGAAGAGAAUAAUCAACAGCACGAAAAUGGCGAUUCGGACGUAGCGAAUUUUCAACGGAUUCAGCUUCCACCACUCUCACCGCCAUCGUUCUAUCGAGAAUCGGAGCAGAAAAGCAGCAAAAACGAGAAGAAGAGAACCGGUGCGUCAAAAGAAAUUUGGUCCGCACUGAGAAGGAGGAAGAAGAAGCAAAGACAAAAAAGCGUCGAAAGCUUCGAGGCUAUCAUCGCCUCGCAACGCGCUUCAACAUCAUCAUUACCACCACCAUCACCACCGCCUCCUCCGCCGCCACUUCCCUCCCCAUCAGUUCUUCAGAACCUAUUUUCAUCCAGGAAAGGUAAACACAAAAAAGUGCAGUCCACAUCUCUACCAGAGCCACCUCCACCAUCAAUACCCUCCUCAGAACCUAAACCAGAGAUCGCAGCUCAAAACCAGAUCCUCAAGCCUCACGACCCUCCAAUGGAGCUCGACAGAUUAAGCAGUUUAAACGACGAAGAGUACAAUACGAGCAUUGGCGGUGAGUCACCAUACCAUCCGAUUCCCCCUCCACCACCACCACCGCCGCCGCCAUUCAGAAUGCAUGGAGACUUUGACAGUGCAGGAAGCAAUAGCAGUACACCAAGAGCCAUUUCGCCCGAAAUGGACGAAAGUGAAGCCAAUGGACCACCGGCGACCAGCGAAAGAAAGCUCGUGAAAGACCCAACAAUUCCAAUGUUCUGUUCAAGCCCGGAUGUCAACAGCAAAGCCGAUACGUUCAUUGCAAGAUUCAGAGCCGAUUUGAAGUUGCAGAAGAUGAACUCCAUCAAAGAGAAGACGGCGAGGAAGAGAUCUAACCUAGGCCGUACAUCAGGCCCAGGCCCAAGUAAAACGAGAUAA